CAAUAACAAGAUGGCGUCUUUGAUGAAGCUCCUGCAAAAGCAGCCUCAUUCUUUCUCUCUUUUGUCUUCUACCAUGAGGAGCUACAGCAAUGAGCCUCUGUAUGAUCUAGUGAUAGUAGGAGGAGGAAUGGUUGGUCAGGCACUUGCUGUCUGUGUAGGUCAAACUCCAGCAAUGUCUAAUGCAAGAGUCCUCCUAUUAGAGUCCAGCACUGAGGCUCCUCCCACUACCUCGCCCAAUCAACACUACAGUAAUCGGGUUUGUGCAUUGUCACUGGGUUCGGUUCAUUUUUUUAAAAGUUAUGGAGUGUGGCCACUUAUAACGUCCAUUAGGGCAAAGCCUUUCAAAAAGAUUCACGUCUGGGAUGCCUGUAGUCCAUCCUCCAUUGGUUUCAGUGUUGAUGAUUUAAGUGAUUCAUUAUACAGCAUAUCAUCAGAGCAGUACACUGGUCAGUCACAUGAGGAGGGUUUGUCGCAUGACGCUUUGGGCUAUAUUGUUGAGAAUGAUGUAAUACUUCAAGCACUCUCUAAUAAAGUGAACGAGGAAAGUAAUAUUGAAAUAAAGAGAGGCGUGACGCUCAAGUCUAUUGACCAUACCCAAAUGAAAGAUUCUAUUAAUAAUCCAUGGUUAUCUCUCCCUCUCUCUGAUGGAACCUGUAUAUCAAUGAAAUUAUUAGUUGGUGCUGAUGGUGUAAAGUCUCGUGUCCGUAAGCUGGGUGGAUUUCAAGAUCCUGUUAAUUGGAAUUAUGAUCAAUCGGCAGUUGUAGCUACACUUGACAUUGAAGAGGGUAUGUCUGAGAACACUGUUGCUUGGCAGAGAUUCUUACCAGAUGGUCCUAUAGCAUUGCUACCAUUAACUGAUGAUAAGUGCUCAUUAGUUUGGUCCACUGUUCCUUCUCAUGCUGAGCAGCUCAUGAAAAUGUCACCAGAAGAUUUUGUAGCAUCAGUAAACACAGCACUAUUUGCUGAGUUUCCCCAGGAUCAGCUGGUGUCAUCAGCUAAUGAGGUACUAAGAAAUGCCAUAUCAAUUGUAUCUCCUGGUUCAGUUAGUGUGAGACAGUUACCUCCAACCAUUAAAGACAUUGAGGGAGAGAGUAGGGGAAUGUUCCCGUUAGGAUUUUCACACUCUCCUCAUUAUGUAAAGCAAAGGAUAGCUCUCAUUGGUGAUGCAGCUCAUAGAGUCCACCCAUUAGCAGGGCUUGGUGUUAACAUUGGAUUGGGUGACGUCAUUUAUUUACACGAGGAGCUAUUGAAAACCAGUACAGCUGGAGGAGACUGGGGUAACAUAACUAGUCUCUUGUCAUAUGAAAGAGAGUCUCAGAGGCUCAAUAUGCCAAUAAUGGCUGCCAUUGAUGGCCUGCAGAGAUUAUUCUCAACUUCUCUUACUCCAUUUGUUGCCCUCCGAUCACUCGGGCUUCAGUUAACAGCAGCUGCACAACCAAUCAAAGAUAUUAUUGUAAAUUAUGCUCAGAGGAAAUACUGAAGUAUCCUAACAAUUUACCAAAUCCAAGAACUCUCGCAUGUACAGUUGAUUUGUUAUAAAUUGAUUUAAUAAUAAUUAAAUAAUACUAAUGCUAAUAAUUGAAUAUGCAUGAUACAUCUGAUCUGUUGAUGUGAA